AUGACCCAACUCCAGACUCCCUCCCAGCCCAAACGGGACCGAUGGGUGGCACUGCCGUACGUCUAUAAUACGCUGAAGACGAUGCGGCCGGAGUCUCUGCAUGGAGUCAUUUGGCGGGAUGAGGAGGUGAGGGCUGUGCAUUAUAUUCUUGCGGUUAAGCCUUGGCAUGAGGGGAUUACGCAACAGGAUGAAGAAGAAGAAGAAGGGCUUGGGAAGUGGAAGGGCUAG